AUGGACGCCCACAUGAACGUACACAGCGGUGUCAAACCCUAUCAGUGCACUCAUGAGGGUUGUGUCCAACGAUUUAUCAGCAAUUACAAGCGUUGGGAACACAUGUGUGCUGAUCACAUCAAUGGAUGCGAUUAUGAAUGUCGGGAUAAAUAUCAAUUAGAAGCCCAUAUUAAUAAACACAACGGCGUCAGACCCUAUAAGUGCACUCAACCGGGUUGUGGUCAACUGUUUUGCGGCAGAAAAGUGCUGGAGAGCCAUACCCUAAGCCAUAUCACGUCCCCUGAGUCAUGCGUUUGUGAUUAUGUCGGUUGUGGUAAAGAGUUUUCUAAUAGACAUCUGUUAAUUAGACACCAAAAGAAGCACAGAAAUACACAUAAAAUCAAAUGUAAUGUCAGUGGAUGUGAGUACAAGUCUCAGCAUAAAUCCCAAAUGGAGGCCCAUAUGAAUAGACAUAAAGGUGUCCGACCCUAUCAGUGCCCUCACGAGUGGUGUGGUAAAUGGUAUGGCAGUAAAGAUGUUCUCCACGCGCACACCCGUGAUGUUCACUCGGCAAACGAGCCAUGCGUUUGCGAUUAUAGCGGAUGUAAUAAAGUGUUUAAUACUCCAAACCUCUUGAGGCAACACAAAGUCACUCAUACGAGUGUCGGCAGAAAACACAAGUGCCCGGAACCGGGAUGUGGGGCGGCCUACAGGACCAUUGGAACUCUGAGUCAUCAUAAGCUGUCUCAGCAUUCGGGUCGAGUGUUGACCUGUCAGUGGGCCGGCUGUGAGUUCACGACCCGAUACACGAGUCAAUUACGGAGGCAUCGAUUCAAGCAUAGCGGCGGUGAACCGGCGAAGUAUGUGUGCGAAUGGCCCGGAUGUGAGUUCAGGACACCGAUUAAAGUUAAUUUGGAUAACCAUAGAACCACUCACACCGACAUUCGGGCGCAUGUAUGCGAUUGGCCUCAUUGUGACAAAGCGUUUAAGACCGCACACGGUCUCAGACAGCAUAUGAUUACCCACUCGUCGGUGAUGUUGAGCUGCGAUCGGAAGGGCUGUCCGUUUCAGACGAAAGACAAACAGACGUUAAGGAAACAUAAGAAGAGCCGACAUAAUGACGAUAAUUGA